AUGUUGAGUUAUUACCCUUUGCAGGUGCUCGAAGACAAUGAUUACGGUCGAAGUGUGGAUUGGUGGGGUGUUGGUGUGGUGAUGUAUGAGAUGAUGUGUGGCCGAUUGCCAUUUUAUUCUCGUGAUCAUCAGAAGUUAUUUGAAUUGAUAAUGGCGUCUGAGUUACGGUUCCCUAGCAAGCUUAGUGCAGAAGCAAAACAACUAUUAGCUGGACUGCUUUUCAAAGAUCCUACGCAACGCUUGGGUGGUGGACCAGACGACGCGUUAGAAGUUUGCCAGCAACCGUUUUUCAAAUCUAUUGAUUGGGAAAAAUUGUAUAGAAAGGAGAUUGAGCCCCCUUAUAAGCCAUCAGUCCAAAGCGAGACGGAUACAAGCUAUUUCGAUAAGGAGUUCACCUCCGCUCCAGUCCAGCUGACUCCCCCGCCUGCUCGAUCCGGACCUUUAGCUACUGUGGAUGAGCUGGAUGAAAUGCAGUCCAACUUCACACAGUUCUCAUUCCACAACACCGUAAGUAAAUUGACGAAAAUUAUUCUUCGACAGAAAUCUUCGCUACCAUUUACCCUUCCGGCCGGCCCCAUUAUUCGGAAUACGGGCUAG